AUGGCGAAACUUCGAAUAGCAAUUCAAGGAUGUGCUCACGGCGAGCUUCAAAAUAUUUAUGAUCUUAUCACUAAGAGGUAUGGUGAUCAGAUGCCGGACUUACUGCUGAUUUUGGGAGAUUUCCAAUCCUUGCGCGGGGAAGAAGACUUAAGUUCAAUUUCAGUUCCUCCAAAAUAUGCUCGUCUAGGAGACUUUCAGGACUAUUACUCUGGACUCAAAAUAGCUCCUUUGCCAACGAUAUUUAUUGGGGGUAACCAUGAAAGCAUGCGGCAGCUCAUGGAGUUACCGCAUGGAGGAUUCGUUGCUCGCAAUAUUUACUACAUCGGCUUCAGCGGGUCACUGAUAGUUAGAGGUGUCAGGAUAAGCGGAUUAAGUGGAAUAUACAAACCUCACGAUUUUCUUCGUAAAAGGCCGUCCUUGAAGGAUGUUCAAACUGAUGGGUGGACUCGGCAUGUGCGAAGCCUGUAUCACGUCCGCGACAGCGAUGUUUCACCACUCUUCAUGCUUCCCAACGUCGACAUAAUGAUGACUCAUGACUGGCCCCAAGGCAUUGCUUUCCAUGGUGACAUUAAAACGCUCUUGAAACGAAAACCAUUCUUCAAGAAAGACAUAGAUAGUGGACGACUUGGAAGUCCUAUAAGUUGGCAAUUACUGAGAUCAAUUACUCCACAUUGGUGGCUGAGUGCCCACUUACACAUCAAGUUCGAGGCGGAAGUUUCUUCAGGUAAGAGAGCCAGAGAGGUGCAAGGCAGCAAUCCCGACGAAAUCGACUUAGAUCUAGAUGGUUUGACAAAGGAGAAAGUGCAUGACGAAUCAGAGCCAUCAAUUCCUGCAAUUACAAGAUUUCUUGCCUUGGACAAGUGCGGUAGGGGCAGACAACAUUUAGAGCUGAUAGAAAUAGAUGUUGAUACUGCACAUCCUACGUAUGAUCCUGAGGCGCUUCAUCUGUACGCUGACCCGGAAUUCUUGGCCAAUGUGCGUUUCUUAGAACAGCAGCCGCCCGCCAAGUCAUUUACAAAUCUAGACUUCCUCGAGCUGAAGCGCCAGCGUGGCGAUCUUGCAGAGGUGAAUUGGGAUCACUACAAUCUGGACCGAUUCGCCGAUAGCACCGAACGUCAGCAGACUGACAAGUACAGAGAUCUUAUUGAAGCAUGUGAAUGUAUAAAACUAUCUACGUAG